AUGAGUUCUAUAAAUCAUAUUGAAUCACAUUUUUUAUCAAGUAAUAACCAAGUACCGAUGCAAUCAACAAGUCCUUUAUCAUUUUUAGAAAAUAUAGAUAGAUUAUUAAAUCUAACCAAAUCAACAUAUAGUGGUAUCCAAUAUACAGGUAUUAGAGGAUUAAAUGAUUUCUCAUGUACAAGCUUCAAACUAUUGGUAGUUGUAUUCAGCAAAUAUAGAUCGAUGAUACCAAUUUUCAAAUUAAUAAAUUGUUCAGAAGAAAAAGUUAGAUCAGAAACACUUUCAUUAUUAUGGAAUUUUUCAGCAGAGGAAAGUUUAAAAGUUAAAAUGUUUGAAGAGAAUAUUUUAAGUUAUCUUUGUGGAUUAUUCCAAUAUUCAGAUGAAAAUUUAUUAUUAAGAACCUCAGCUAUCAUUCAAAAUUUAUCAGAAUUUAGAUUCGAAAAAGGAGCAAUUAAUCAAAAUCAAAUAAAGAUAGCAAGAUAUCAAGAUUUAUUAAAAACAAUAAUAGAAAGAUCCAAACAUGAUGAUGUUAGAAUCAAAUUUCUCAGUUGUAAUACCCUUUGUAAUUUAUCAAUGAACGAAGAGAAUAGAAAAUUAUUUCAACAAAUGGAUAUAUUUAAUACAAUUAUAGGGGCAUUCAAUAACAAUUAUAUCAAUGAUAUUGAACUUCCCUCAUCUUUUAAUUGGGUAACACUGCAACCAUUAAUGGGGUUAAUUGGUAGCAAGGAUCAAGAAGUACAAAUAUUUAUUUUAUAUUGUUUACACAGUUUCUCUUUAUCAGAAAAAUAUAAUAAAAGAUUAUGGAAAGUUUUAGCAAACAAUCACGGUAUUGAAAGUUUAUUAAAAUUAAAAAAAUCAAAGAAUCACUUGGUCAAAGAACUAGCCACUAAAAUAUGUUCAACUUUAAAUAUAGAAAAACAAAAAAUAGAAACAAUUAAAUAUGACUCUAAUGUUUGUCUAGAAAAUGAAAUUUCUAAACUAUUUAACAACUCAUCAAUGUUUCCAGAUUUAUAUAUAUCAUCGAAUGGUAGAGAGGGUUAUUAUUUACAUAAGUCAAUAUGUGUAUCAAGAUGUCCAAAAUUAAAAAUUAUUCUCGACUAUAAAUUAAAUAAUAUAGGUAAUGAUUCAUCAAAAUUAAAAGAUAGUACAGGAAUAGAAGACCAAUUUUUAAACAAUAGUAAUAUUGGUAAAAAAAUCAAGAACAAUUAUAUUCAUUCAAACAAUAAUAACAAUAAUAAUUGUAAUAAUAGUAAUAAUGAUAAAAUUAUUAAAAACGAAUUUAUUAGUAAUAUUCAAGUAAUAGAAUUGGAGCAAGAUCUUUAUGACAUAUUCUUUGAAAUUUCAAAAUGGAUAUAUAGCAUCCACCCAAAUAUUUCGUCAGAGAAGUCAGCAAAAUCAAUAAUGGAAAUAGCAUACUACUUGGAAUUGUAUGAUGUAGUUUCAGAAUGUGAAUAUUCUUUAUGGCAUCAUAUUGAAUUAGAAAACUGUUCAGAAGUAUUAGAGCUCUCAUUAAAAUGCAAUGCUAAGCAAUUGGAAAAAGUAUGCUUAGAAUUCAUCCUCAGAAAUAUUCACAGUUUAUAUUUUGGUGAUUUAGAAAACUUUAAAAACCAUUCAUAUAAUUGGGAAACUGAUAUCAACGCUUUCUGGUAUGGAAAUAAUUGGACUGAAAGAUGUAAGAAAUUCAUUGUUGAUCAAUAUCAAUUACAACAACAACAAUUCAAAACCGAAAUACAAGAAUUAAAUUUAGCAGCCUCAGCUUCAAACAAUAGCCAAGAUUUUUUUAGAUUUUAA